AACUGCAAACAAUUAACAGGCUACUUUUCCGUUGAUAAUAAUUGCCCAUAUAAAAACGAUAGGAAGCCAAAGUGAACCGUAGGUAGCAAAUUCAUUCCUGUGUGUACUUAAACUUUAAAAUGGCAUUCAGUGGCAAGUAUCAACUCAUUAAAAAUGAGGGCAUAUUAGAACAUCUGGUUGCAAACGGAAUGCCCGUUGAACAAGCCCAAAAAGUUGAGGAUGAUAAUCAAGACUUGGAAAUUUCUGUUAAUGGAGACGACAUCAAAAUCUCGUCGAGAGGACCACUUCAAAACUUGAAACUCAAUCAAGAAACUACUGCUACUGGUCCAGAUGGAAAAGUGUUUAAGAGUACCGCUUCAUUAAAUGGAGACGUACUGACUGUCGUUUCAAGCUUCAGUUCUCACGAAUGGACGAGAAUUUACUCAGUUUCUGGCUCCGAACUUACCGUGACUUCCAGGUCCUCCAAAUCCGGUGUUCCAGAUGGCAAACGAAUUUAUAAACGAAUUUAAUCACUUGAGGGUGGUCACAAAUUAACUAGUACCCAUGAUUGGCUCUGGAGAAUUAAAACAGAAUUGUCGUACUAAUAAUAUGUACGAAUGUGAUGAAAUUAAAAUCUGUUGGUAAGCUUAGCAAAUUAAAUCAAUGCUACAUAAA